AUGGAGGAGGCCAGUCAUCCACUCAUGACGGGCUCGGAUGACCCAUCCAACAGCUCGAUCGAUGAACGUGAUUCUCGCCGCCUCGAUUCCUCAUUAACUUGGGACUCGGAAGGUCCCGAUGGAUGUGACCGAGAUCGUGAAGCCGAAGAAAAAUACCUAGGCACUGCAAUCUCACACCGAUCCACCGGGAGCCUCAUCCUCAUAUUUUGGCGCCGAUGUGGUGUCUAUCUCUCAAUGUCUGCAGCCGCAGUGUGCAUCCUAGUUAUUGUGUGGACGGUAGUUCAUUGUGCUACCCGAAGCAGCGCCCAUCACGAUCAAAAGGGUGUUGAUCCUGGGGAUGAACCCCAUCGCAAGCCUCUAGUCACCACCUGGCCUUCAGAGGCCAUUGCCAACGGCUGCAUCUUUGAUGUGAUUGUAUAUUGUUGGAUUCCGCCCGCCUGCUACGAGCCCGAUCUGGCCGCCGAUGUCGUAUCAGAGACCUCUCGCUAUGCACCCUUCCACAAAGCUGGUCACUUUGACUGGUAUGGGGAUGCUGAUGGCCUAGAGCUGGUUGCACAGGACCCGGUGGUUCUCAGGGAGCGAGCCGAGAUUUGGGCGACACAUGAAUGGCACCAGACACAUUGCCUGUACUUCUGGAGACUGCUGGGUCGAGCGGUGAGCCGCAGCUAUCAAGAUGGAUGGGAGGGCGCCUAUGUCUUGUCGCAGGCAAUUGUCUUCCCGCAUACAUUGCAUUGUAAUGAUAUGCUGGCUGAUCAGGAAAAGGAUGGGAACGAUUUGAUUCGGACUUUGAGGGUGUACGGAACUUGUAUCAGGCUUGAUGAAAAGCCUGAUCCAUACUUAGAGCAUGGUACAUUCCCUGUGAAUCCCGAGUAA